AUGCAAACCGACACUGUCAUCGUCGGCAAUGGGCCGUCAGCCAUGAUCCUGUCCUACAUUCUUCACGGCCAUAUUCCUUUCUACUCAUCCUCUCCGCCGCAUCCCGACCCGCUUUUGGACGCCAAGUUGAAGCAUGCGACCAAUCUCCUAAACGUCGAUGCGGAGGCAUUGACGGCUCACUUUGCGGCAUCUCGUCUGUCAUAUUCCACCCAGGCCCUACCGGUCAAUGUGUUAUUAGACACCCUUGUGCGCCCCAGUCUCGAUAUCGACGAGCCAGGUACCACCUCAAAUAUCGAGUGGCGCCAUAUGCCCGAAAAGGUCAUCCCGCAUAUUGUAUUUGGAAAACCCACCACUCCAGGGGGACAAUGGACCGAGGAUCCUCAUGGUGCAAGCUGGGACAUUCAAACUCUUAGUUAUGCGGCCAUGUUGUCCUUGCCCGGUUACUCCUUUGGGGAUCACCAUAAAAAGGUGACCGGCAAGGACCUACCACCCUUCACCAGGCCGACAAGGCGUGAAAUUGCCGAUUAUUUCCGUGCCUACCCUGCUGCCGCUCACAUCGACGAUUCCUUCCGCUGCGGCGAGGAGCUGAGGGGUAUCUCCCGUACUGAAAAAGGGUUCUAUAUACAGUCCCACGACCUCCAUUGUAAGCGGCUGGUACUGGCAAGUGGGAUUUUCUCUGAGCUGCUUCCGCCUGCAUCUAUACUUCAGCCCUUAUUGCAAUUAAAGCAAACCCCCGAUGUACCAUACCUUGUGGUCGGUUCAGGCUUCUCUGCUGCAGAUGCCAUCAUUUCCGCCGCCCCUAAUCAGAAAAUCCUGCAUGUCUUCAAGUGGUCCCCGGAUGAGCGCCCAUCUCCUCUCCGAGGUUGCCAUCAACAGGCGUAUCCGGAAUAUGCCGGAGUUUACCGAUUGAUGAAGAAAUCCACUCUGAAUUCUCAGCGACCAAGGCUACGUCGCGGCACUCCUACCGCCUUUUUGGAAAGUCGAGAUUGGGACAACGUAUACGAAGGACUUUCGAAUGUCGAAAUUCUCUCCGUUGAUGUUCAAGACGAUGUGGCUCUGGUCACUUUCCGUUGUGAGGACGGAUCUAUAUUUUCUCGAUCCGUUCGUGGUCUUGUUUAUGCUGCUGGCCGGCGAGGUUCACUGGCCUUUUUGGACUCGGAGCUUCGGUCCGAGGUCCUGGGAUAUCAAACCCCCGACGACUCGACCGUUUCUGCCCAGACACUUCGUGCGAAAGCCAUGGAAGAUCUGGAGGUUGCCCCACAUGUAUACAUCAUUGGAAGCUUGACUGGGGACUCCCUCGUCCGCUUCGCAUACGGUGGCUGUGUUUACACCGCAGGCCAUCUUACCGGUGAGCGAGAGGGUGAGCGCGAGUCGCGCAGCGUGUGUAGUAGCAUUGAGUCAACCAGGGCUCACCCUUCAUCGCUGCCAGUAAUGAAUGGCAUCGACGGCCAUCAGGUCUAUCCUGCUGAUGGCUCGAAUCUGACGCGCGAAGAUACCGCGAUCAGUAAAGUGUCUACUGUCCAAACGACAACACCAAAUACACAGAGUUGGUGGAAGACAGUUGUACAGAUGUUGAAGCAUUUCACGCAAUGA